AUGGCCCUCUCAUCGGCCGAGUUCUGCACACCGAGUGCAUUCAACCCAUCUCUAUAUGGAGCUGAAAUCUUGUCAAUUCAAGCCAAUCUGGUCACAAACUAUAGUACCUCGGUGCCGGAAGCCUUUCGGUACACGUCCCCUUCAGUAGAGCUAAAGAAUGCCACGUUCUGCAAUAUCACCGUCAUCUACACGCACCCGGGGCAGAAUGAUAAUAUCAUCACGGAAGCCUGGCUUCCCGCCGAAUGGAACGAGCGAUUCAUGGCUGUUGGGGGAGGGGGCUGGGUGGCCGGACGAUUCUUUCCGAGUUACAAUGCCAUGAACGGUGCCAUCGCCGACGGCUAUGCGACCAUUACCACCGACGCUGGGCUUGGCUCCGCGAGUGAACCUGGUCCGUGGGCUCUGAACAGCCCUGGAAACGUCAAUCUUUACAAUUUGCAGAAUCUCGGAUCCGUGUCCCUGAACGACGAGGCAGCGAUUGGCAAGUCUUUGAUCAAGAGCUUCUACGGAAAAGAUCCCAAGUUCUCCUACUGGGCGGGAUGUUCCCAGGGCGGCCGCCAAGGGCUCAUGCUCGCCCAACGCUACCCGGACGUUUACGACGGCAUUGUCGCUGGCGCGCCCGCAAUCCAUUUUAGCAAACUGGCUACUUUCAUACAAUGGCCUCAUCAGGUCAUGAACGAGCUCGGGGAGUUCCCAUACGGGUGCGAAGUAGAUGCUAUCACGGCGGCAGCCAUCUCGGCCUGCGAUUAUCUUGACGGCGUCACUGACGGCGUCAUAUCAAACGUUGAUGAAUGUCUCAAGUCGUUUGACGCCUCCUCUCUCAUCGGUGAGCCGAUAACGUGCGCACAGAGAAACGGUACGCAGGUCCUCAUUACCGAAGCCGCUGCGAGGAUCGUCAAUGCCACUUGGCACGGCCACGUAACUGCGAAUGAUGAGCAUGGCUAUCAUGGCAUUCUGCCCGGAGCGGACUUGACGGGAAACAGUCCCAGAUCAUACGGCCAGCCCGGUGUUGUGACCACGGCUUGUGACGAAAGCGGAUGCAAAAGCGCGCCCAACUAUCUUGCCACUUCUUGGUUCAGUCUUUUUGUGGCCAAGAACGCUACGCUCGACUUGACAAAUCUGAGCCGUAAGGAGUUUGAUAUUCUCGCACAAGCCGGCUUCCAGGAGUUCGCAUCCCUGAUCGAGACGAGUGACCCGGAUUUGAGAAGAUUCAGGGAUGCUGGAGGAAAGAUGAUAACAUUCCACGGCCUAGCCGACAAUGUCAUACCUCCGGGCGGUACCCGAGGCUACUACGAGGCUGUGGGGAAGAUUAUACCUGAUGUACACGACUUCUACCGUUUGUUUGAAGCUCCUGGACUGGGCCACUGCUUCGGGGGCGCAAGCGGCACACCAACCGCCCUCUUUGAGCAACUCCGGGGAUGGGUGGAAAAUGGAACGGCUCCGGAGAAGACUCCAGUCAAGGUGUCGGUGGGUAACUCGACGCAUGAUAGGAUACUUUGCUCCUAUCCAGCCGUUCCUCAUUUCAGCCAAACUUGCGGAGAUGCCUCCAGAGCCAGUUGCUGGUCCUGCUCCGACCCGCUGCCGCCCUACAAUACUACCAAGAGUAGUGGUGAGACAGGAUAUGAUUAUCGAUCCCACGAACUCUAG